UCCUACGGCUCAGGGUCUUCGUAUGACAUUGCAGUCUACUUUAGAUUUAGUUGAUUAUUUUCUAAAUACAAGGAAAGUUGAAAUGGUCUUCACUGGGAGAAUAAAUCAAGAUUCUCUAGAGAGGUUUUUUGGAACAGUUCGUUUGGCAGGAGGAACCAACGACCAUCCUGGUACCCCGACUUUCCUACAAAUAUAUAAAAUCUUGUCUUUCUACAGCAUUCUAAAACCACCCAAAACAGGAAAUUGUUCUCUACCUGAAACGUCGAACAAACCUUUAAUGAAAAUGUCAGAAUUGAAAGAAAUUUUUAAAAAUAAUAACAAUCGUACAAGACAAGAUUUUAUUAAAGAAAUCAAAGAGAAACUGAACAUUGUUAUUCAAAAAGAAGAUUCUGACUUUUCUGACUUCGUCAACACAACUGACCAUGAUUAUGAUUUACCGUAUGUUGUUGACUGUCUAAUGUAUUUCGUCGCUGGAAACGUAGCGAAAAAAUUUUGGGAUUUUCACAAAUGUGAAUUGUGCAGAUCUGAAUUUAUAUUUUCAAACGAAAAUAAUAAUUCUGCAAUUUUGAAUAAUUCGAUUUCUCAGCUGCUGCAAUUUGAAGAAAAUUACGAAAUCACUCACCCUAAUCUUCGAUUAUUUAAAUUUUUGUCAGCGAUUGAGGAAUCUUUUCUGAAGAACUGCAAAGAGAACAAUGUUUAUUAUUCAAUUAUUGAUGAAAUUUCUGGAAAAGAGUUUGAAUUUCCUUGUGUGGAGCACGCUGAAAAUAUUUUAGCAUACACCCUCCACCUUUAUUUAGAAUUAAGAAUGCGUAAAUUUGCCCACACGCAGUUGUGCAAUCAAAAGCAGUUGUCAGCUCAACAGAAAAAAUUAUCGAAAUUGCAAUCUACUUAA